AUGGACGAAGAAAUAAAUGAAUGGGACGUGGGCGAGGAUACGAUGGAGGAUGAUUCUGACGCUUCUAAAAUAUCCGAGCCCUCGUCCGCGCCGAGGAGCAAUCUCGAAUACACAAGUUCAAUUCCGACCCAAGACACGUCCAUUCAAUCGAAUCCGAAAGAAAAUCCAUUCUCUGAUGGGACGGACGAGCACGAUACCCAAGGAUCGAAGAACCAGGAGGACUUCAAAAAGUCCACGUCUCUGGGCCAGUUGGGCAAGGACGGGUCCCAAAAACAAAAUCCAAAAUCCGGGAAGACGUAUCGAAAAUGCCAGCGCAAGUUCAAAGAGAUGAUAAUAAAUCGUGAGCUGAAGAACGAAGAAUUGGAGAAGCAACAGGGGGAUCUGAAGCAUCGAUUGAACAUCUUGGAAUGCUCCAUGCCGGCCGUGAUGGUGUGGAAUAUCUGGAGGAUGGCUCAAGGGACGUGUGUGCCUAAUCUCCAGCGUAUCAUGGAGAAGCAGUUCCAAGGCCCAGCUUCGGGGGAGGUGUAUUGUCCGAAGACGCCCAGCCGACAUUUCGAUUGCAGAGUGAGGGAGGUCGAGGCGGAAAGGAAGGAGGCUCAGAGGAGGAUGGACGAGGCUAAGAAUCUUUGGACCGAGAAGGAGGCUCUGUUGGAGGACAAGAUGAGGAGGUUGGGGGAGGUUAAGAUCCUUCAGGAAGAGAUGAAGGGAAAGAUCGAGAAGCUAACUGUCGAGGCCCAGAAAUUGAAAGAGGCUUACAAGGUGGAGGACGAGGACGAUCGCUCGUGCGAGGCUGGCGAGUGCGGGGUAAUAGAGUGCAAAAAGAAGUGGUUAAAGAAAUUGCCUAGCAACACGUCGAUUAAAUCGACCGAUAUCGAGUGUUUAGAAAAGCUUCAGGAAUUGGCCGAGACUGAAUUGUACAUGAAGAGACAAAUCGCCGAAUUGGAGAAUAGGGAGGACGCCUAUAUGAGAACGCUCCAACAAGCGGACGAUCUUUGGUGUAAAUUGGACAGCGAUGUUGCAAGUACCAUAAGCAGUUUGCAGGAGCAAUUAGAAAUGAAGACGGCGGCAAAUCAACAGAUGGCAGAUCGCAUUGUCGAGUUGGAAGAUGUGAUAGAGAAGCUCAGAUCGAGACUGUCCACCUGCAGGGGUGAAUUGGAGAAGUACCUUAGCGUGACCAAGAUAGAGGCUUUGGUGGGCAAAGAGGAGGACUUUGCCGAUGUGCUUGACAUAGACGUAGAGGUUAAAGUAGAUAUAAAAGAGGAAUUGGUAGGGGUCGAAGAUUAUGCGGAAAUCGAAGAGAAAGAAAUUAUAACUGAGGUGGAUAUAGUGGAGAAGGAUGUUUUAGCGGUCCCGGAAAUAGUUGAGGAUGAGGUGGAAGUGAAGCCAGAGAUAGUUGAAGAUGAGGUGGAA